AUGACUGACGCCCUGGAUAAAGAGCCGGCGACGGUACUACCCCCGAAUACGCCUACUGGCCACGGCCGCGUCUCACCCAACCAAGAAAGGUCAGGUAAACGGAGGAAGGUUCGCAAAGGGACGCGAUCUUGCUGGGAGUGCAAACGACGGAAGAUCAGAUGCACAUUUGCAUCGUCCGAGGAUGUCACUUGCAUUUGCUGCCAGCGCCGGCGUGCACCUUGUGUUAGCCAGGAGAUGCCGGAAAAUCUGUCUGCGGCAAGAAAAGGGAACCAGCAUCUCAGCGAACGCAUCGCAAGAGCUGAGGACUUCAUCAAGGGCUUCCUUGCUAGCAAAGACGUGGAGUCGACGGGCCAGACUCCAAGAGGGUUACGGCAAGACAAGCGUUCGAACUCUGACGCUCUAAAGACUCGCUCAAAUGAAUUAGCGCUCUCAUCAAAUCGACCUCCUCCCACCCCGACAGAGCUUCUUGGAGGAUCGGCUCCAAAUUCAUCACACCUCAUACCGGACUUGUGUGGAAUAUCGGGUCAAGGAACAGCUCGUGACCACUUAUUUGCAGCCUUUCCAAGCGAAGAGGAUGCCACAAUUUUGCUCAGAGAGAGCUCAAAAGUGUCGCAUUACCUCUAUGUCAUCAACACUCAGCCGCAUAGCAUGCUGACCCACGAGACGCUUGCGACCCCACGCUCUAUAGGCGAACUUCCUGAUCCGAACACCCAUCCGGUCAUGUUGGCCAGACGUAUGCUCUUAUUUGCAAUCACUCUACAAAUUCAGGGUGGGGAAAACCCCCUCGGCCUUUCGGAACCACGAAGCGUGCUCAUGCGUCGCUUGAUGACGGCUGCUACAACAUGGGUCACGACCAAGGAGGCGAUGCACGAAACCAUCGAGAGUCUGAUUUGCAUCAUCCUAGAGGGCGUAUUCGAGAUGAAUAGUGGCAACCUUCGACGGGCUUGGGUGGUGUAUUGCAGAGCAAUAACAGUCGCCCAGUUGAUGGGCCUGCACCGUUCUCCUAUGCCACCACUGAGACGCAUCGACCCAGAGCUUGAAGCUAAGCCAGAAUUUAUGUGGUUCCGUAUCGUUUAUGUGGAUCGUUAUCUAAGCUUGCUGCUUGGUCUACCUCAGGGUACAGAUGAUAAAAGUAUGGGAGCGAUGUCGGUGUUGCGGAACGAACCACCGUUAGGCAGAUUCGAACGACUACUCACAGUAAUUGCAUCUCGCAUCUUGGAACGCAACGAAAGUGCCUUUGCGCCGACCGAAAUCACGACUACGCAAUCCCUCGACUCUGAGCUAUUGAGAGUGUCGGAGGGCAUGCCAGCAAGCUUUUGGCGUCCGGCGAAUUUUCAAAACAUCACACCAGGAUCUCCGGAUGCCCUCUUGGAGACAGUACGCCUGGCAGCCCAGGUCUACUAUUAUGGCCUGUUGAUCCAGCUCCAUCUACCGUAUAUGAUACCAAUAGGCGACAAUCCCGAGCAUGAGUACUCCAAAAUGACUUGCGUCAAUGCUAGCCGGGAGACAAUGACACGCUUCAUUGCUCACCGAAGCUUUAACCCCAUGUCAUCUUGCUCGCGGCCCGUAGACUUCUUUACCCUCUUAGCAGCAAUAACGCUCCUGCUUGUUCAUCUCGACGCUCAUCAUCAUCCAGGAGCGAUCAACUUCCUGGCCCAUCAGCGCUUGAGCGACCGCGCUAUGCUAGAUCAAGCCCUGGAGAGAAUGGACAUAAUCAGCAACGUGAACAAGGAAGUCAUAGCCGAAAACAGUGCCAAAUUGAUUCGACAGUUACUCGACAUCGAAGCAGACGCAGCUGAAGGAAAUAGUUACGCCACCAGGAGCGUAAGAGGAGAGGACGAUAUGCAGGGGGGCAAGAAAGAAGGCGAAGAGCUCCGCUUGCGUAUCCCAUACCUUGGCGUCAUCAAAAUUGCUCGCGAGGGUCCUAUCUCUCGAGAGCCGUUGCUUGGCAAUGCGCCCUCUCGGUUGCAUCAGACUUCCCAGGGUGAAUCCCCACAGAGAGAAUCGUUCGUCGCAUGGAACGAUGCAUUCGCAACACUAGCUUAUGCGCCGUCUACGAAUGAACCACCGCUUAGCCAUCUGCACGGCGUGACCCAGGGCUCUGAGCAGUCCAUGCUGCAAUAUCCCAGCUCUAGCCACGACUUGAUCGCUCUGCAGCCGCAUCGGGAACUUCCCCCAUCGCGACUGACGUAA